AUGUUUCCCCCAAAAUUACCGUUAUUCCUUCAUAUUGUGAUCUUUUAUGUGGUGGUAUCUAUAUCAUCAUUGUCAUCAUCAGCUGAAUUCGUGCAAGGAAAACGUUGCCAAUUGAAUUGUGGGAACGUUGCCAUUCCAUACCCAUUUGGUAUAGGUAAAGAGUGCUCUAUGAUUGGCACAGAAGGGAAUGGUGAUGCUCAUAUCACGUAUAAUAUCAUAUGUGAUCAUUCUUAUGAUCCUCCCAAACCUUUUAUUAAUGCAACUAAUUAUCUUGAAAUUUUAAGUAUAUCAGAGACAGAAGUUCGCAUCAGAAACUCCUUCACUGAGUUCAAUGGUCGCCCCUUCAAGAGUCCUAUCGAGCCUGAUCAUCUUGAAUUGAAGAAUUCAUUUAAUAAAAGUGGGCUGAAUUGUCUCGACUUAUCAGAUACCCCAUUUAUGGUAUCAUAUACAGGAAACAAGUUAUAUGGGGUUGGCUGUGGCUUAGUUGCUCUUUUCAUCGCUGAUGUCAUAGGGCCAAAGGGUGUCGCAAGAAAGGAGUGUCAAUCAAGCUGUGAGAGUAUCAGCAGAGAUGGAUCUUGCAGUGGUAGUGGGUGCUGCCAGACAGACGUUCCAAGGGAUCUGGAGUCAAUUGGUGUGGCUGUGAUGGGAACUGGUACCAAGAGCACAAACAAUUUUAACAGGUUUGCCAUACUGGCUGAGAUAGGGCAGUAUACAUUUGAUUCCGAGGAUCUUACUCUGGAUGCUACACAAAUAUCUAAAAAAUAUGACGAUAAGGUCAUACAGAUUGUGCUCGAUUGGGGCAUAGGAUAUAAGACUUGUGGAGAAGCAAAAGCUAAUUUAACAGCUUAUGGGUGCGGGGAUAAUAGUAGAUGUAAUGACGAAAUCAAAAAUGGUGGAUACCGUUGCCUUUGCAGCGAUGGUUACGAGGGAAAUCCUUACCUUAUUGAUGGAUGCAAAGGUUUUGUAUCGGGGUUUCUUUUUGUAUCCCUUCUCGGUGGCGUAGAUUCGACAAAACUUUUCACGUCUGAAGAAUUAGCAAUAGCAACCAACAAAUACGAUGAGAGUCAAGUCCUUGGACGAGGAGGCCAUGGUACAGUUUACAAGGGAACUCUGUCAGAUGAUCGUAUAGUCGCCAUUAAAAAGUCUAAUACAGUUGAGCAAAACCAAAUUGAGCAAUUCGUAAAUGAGGUAAUUAUUUUAACUCAAAUUAAUCACCGGAAUGUGGUGAAGCUCUUGGGUUGUUGUUUAGAAACUGAAGUUCCCUUACUUGUUUACGAGUAUGUAUCUUGUGGUACACUUUACCAACAUAUACAUUACAAGGGUGCUGCUGAGAUGUCCCCAUUGACUUGGGAAAUUCGUUUGAGGAUCGCCUUUGAAACUGCAAGUGCAAUUGCAUAUCUGCACUCUGCUGCUUCUCCACCUAUCAUUCAUAGGGAUGUAAAGUCUUCCAAUAUAUUACUGGAAGAAAAUCACACAGCAAAAGUUUCCGACUUUGGAGCGUCAAGGGUGGUUCCGCUAGAUCACACUCAUGUAAAUACACUAGUCCAAGGGACCUUAGGGUAUUUGGAUCCGGAUUACUACAACACAAGUCAAUUAACAGAUAAAAGUGAUGUUUAUAGUUUCGGUGUAGUUCUUAUAGAACUCUUAACAGGUGAAAAACCAAUUUGUUUUGAAAGACCAGAAAAACAAAGAAAUCUUGCAACAUGCUUCACUUCACUAGUAGAAGAUGUCAAUGUUCUCGAACUUAUCGAUGCUCGACUUGCAAAAGAUGGGAACCUGGAGCAAAUCCUUGCUGUGGCAGAGUUAGCGCGGAAAUGUCUUAAAUUAAAGAGUGAAGAUAGGCCUAGCAUGCAACAAAUAGCAGCGGAUCUUCAAUGUUUGAUAAGGGUAGAGCCUUCUGGAUGGAAUCAUCAGCUAAACCACAACGUUGGAACAACAAACUUACCAUCUGAGCCAGUGAAUGUGGAUCUGUAUAGUGUACCAUUUAGUACCAAUGAUGGAUCUAGCUUGGUUACAAGUAUGACAAAUAUGUCAGUGUAUAUUGCAAGAUGA